AUGGUUGACGUUUGUAUUGACUGGUCUGUGGAUCUCAAGAAAUACAUGGUGCUGGCAGGUGAACCUGUGCGUAUAAAAUGUGCACUCUUCUAUGGAUAUAUCAGGACUAACUACAGCAUGGCGCAAAAUUCAGGGCUCAGCCUAAUGUGGUAUAAAAAUAACGGACAAGGAGAUUCCGAAGAGCCAAUUAUAUUCGCUGGGCGCAGAAUGAGUAAGGAAGAGGAUUCCAUUUGGUUCCAUUCAGCAGAGUUACAGGAUAACGGAUUCUACACUUGUGUAUUAAGAAACUCAACGUAUUGUAUGAAGGUGACAAUGUCCUUGACAGUGGCGGAAAAUGACUCAGGACUUUGCUACAACAGUAUGAUUCGACAUUUAGAGAAAGCUGAAAUUACAAAAAGCAAAGAAAUCCACUGCCCAGAUAUUGAAGACUUCAUCACAGAAAAUCAAGAUCUUGAUAUUGUUUGGUACAAGGAAUGUUUGCCUAAAUCAUGGAGAAGUACAAUUUUGCAGAAGAGAAACACCCUUGUAAUCCAGGAGGUUCAGGAGGAUGACUUGGGGAAUUACACCUGUGAAUUGAAAUACAAAAACAAGCUGGUGCGAAGAACAACUGAAUUAAAAAUCACAGCUGUACUCACUGACAAGCUCCCUCAGCUUCUCCUCCCUCCUGAAAACCAACAAAAUACAGUCGAUGUCCAGCUGGGCCGUCCAGCCAGUCUGGUCUGCAGGGCAUUCUUUGGGUACAGCUCGGUUAACCCAAUAAUAUACUGGAUGAAAGGUGAAAAAUACAUGGAGGAACUGGAAGACAGUCAGGUUAGGGAGAGUGAUAUCAGAAUUCUAAAUGAACACCUCGGGGAGAAGGAAGUGGAAGUAUCACUGAUAUUUGAUUGGGUGAAAGAAACGGACCUGGGGAAUUAUACCUGUAUCGUAGAAAAUCGAAUCGGACGCACACAGACCAGCAUUCUUCUCCAGAGAAAAGACCUAAUGUACCGAGUCGAACUUGCAGGUGGCCUGGGAGCUAUCCUGCUUUUGAUCACUUGUCUAGUAACCAUAUACAAGUGCUACAACAUUGAAAUGAUGCUGUUUUACCGGAGCCAUUUUGGAAGUGAUGAAACGGAAGAUGAUAAUAAAGAGUAUGAUGCAUAUCUGUCAUAUACCAAAAUUGACCCUGCCUCACUCACCCAGGAAAACAGGGAAGAAGAGCAAUUUGCUUUGGAAAUAUUGCCAGAUGUCUUGGAGAAGCACUAUGGAUACAAACUAUUCAUUCCUGACAGGGAUCUAAUGCCAAGUGGAACCUACAUUGAAGAUUUGACAAGGUCUGUUGAUCAAAGUCGGAGACUGAUUAUCGUGUUGACACCAGACUACGUUAUAAGGCGUGGGUGGAGCAUUUUCCAGCUAGAAAACAGACUGCAUAACAUGCUGGUAACUGGAGAGAUCAAAGUUAUAUUGAUUGAAUGCCCUGAUGUGGAAGGAAUAAUCAACUACCAUGAAAUUGAAGCCUUAAAAGACACUAUAAAACUCCUAUCUGUCAUCAAGUGGUGUGGCCCAAAAUGUAACAAACUUAAUUCCAAGUUUUGGAAGAAGGUUCAGUAUGAGAUGCCCAUCAAGAAAAAGGAGCCGCUUGCUCGAGGCCAGGUUCUGGAUGCAGGUGAACAGGGUAUUUUUGGAGAACUGCAGACUGUCUCAACUGUUUCGAUGGCAGCAAACUCUGCCACAGUCACAUCUUCCCAGCCAGAUGUCCCGCCAAACUUCCACAAAGCGGAUCAUAUGCAAUUGAGGCACUACUGCCGAACUUAUGAAUAUGACAUUUCACCCGCGGCAGUGCCCAUUACCUCUAUAAGCAAUCAACACACUUACUGCAAUAUUCCAAUGACCCUCAUCAAUGGACAGGCACCACAGAUCAUUAUCACUAGAGACCCGUCCCUUCGGGACUGUCCUGUUAGCAAUGAGCGUCUGCCAAUGUCUUCACGAGAGAUUGGCAUCACGAGUGAUAUCUGGUAG